AUGAGAUCCUCACGGUGGCCUUGCGCGCGUUGUGCUGUAUGGAGCACCGCGGCGCCUGCAGCGGCGGCAUGGAGAGCAACUCCGCUUUGUGGGGGGGACGACAGCGGGGACGGCGCAGGCAUCAUGACCCAGAUUCCGUGGGAGCUGUUUGGUGCAGACGUGAGCUUGCCAGAGGACAAGAGCGCCUGCGCGGUCGGCAUGCUGUUCCUCUCCAAGGACCGUGACGUCCGCAUCAACGCGAAGAUGAAGCUGGAAAGCUCAUUGACGCAGGAGGGCUUCGACAUCCUCGGGUACCGCAUCGUCUCCGUGGAUCCCACGGUUCUCGGCCAGCGAUCUGCGCAGACAGAGCCCUGGAUGGAGCAGAUCUUCGUUUCGCACCCCACAGCUCGGGGCCCUGAGCUGGAGAACCUCCUGUACAUCGCGCGCAAGCGGGUAGAGGACCGGCUCUCCUACGAUGAGCUCUAUGUAGCCUCCCUUUCUCCCAAGACCAUUGUGUACAAGGGCAUGCUGAAAUCCUCGGCCAUUACACGCUACUACAAGGAUUUGAACGACCCACGUUUCAAGGUCCAGUACGCCUUGUGGCACCGCAGGUUCAGCACCAACACCAUGCCGCGAUGGCCUUUGGCGCAGCCCUUCCGGUACUUGGGCCACAACGGUGAGAUCAACACUAUCCAGGGCAACUACAACUGGACUCGUGCUCGCUCUGGUUCCUUCGAGCACCCGAACUUUGGCUACCGCAUGCGGGAGGUGCUGCCGCCGUGCAGGGCGGAGAACAGUGACUCGGGGAACAUGGAUUGCUAUCUGGAAUUGAUGCUGCGCUGUAAUCGCGAGCUGCCGGAAGCGCUCAUGAUGAUGAUUCCGGAAGCCCACAAGGCGAAAGCAAGCUCGGAGGAUGUGGAUGCAGUCGCCGAGUUCUACGAGUACUGGGGGGCUUUGCAGGAAGCUUGGGAUGGCCCCGCAUUGGUGGCUUUCUGCGACGGGGAGUACAUGGGCGCCGCCUUGGAUCGCAACGGCCUGCGCCCGGCGCGGUACGUCCAGCUCAACGAUGGAACCUGCGUGGUGAGCUCGGAAACGGGGAUCUUGGAGUCGAGCCUUUUCCCGGCCGAGAUGUUCAAGUCCAAGGGACGUUUGGGGCCUGGCAAAAUGGUGGCCAUCGACCUCCACACCGGCGAGCUCAUCGAAAACGAGGAGCUGAAAGAGAAGAUGGCAUCGAAAAGGCCGUAUGGCGCCUGGAACAAGGUCUUCCGUGAGGACUUGGAGCAGCAGCCCUUUCUGGCGGCGGAUCACGAGCUUCUGGUCCCAAAGGCCAUCGAGGAGCAUUUGAUGACUUUGCAGUUCGACAUGGGCUACACUAUCGAGGACGUGGAGAUGGUGGUGGAGGCCAUGGCACAAACGGGCAAAGAGCCCACCUUCUGCAUGGGCAACGAUAAGCCUUUGGCCAUCUUGUCGGACAGGGCGCACGUCCUGUACGAUUACUUCCCCCAACGCUUCGCUCAGGUGACGAACCCGGCCAUCGACCCAUACCGGGAGUCCCUGGUCAUGUCCACCGAGGUGUUUUUGGGAAGACAAGGCAACCUGAUGGCCGAGAGCCCCACGUACUUUCAGAACAAGGCCAACACUCGCUUAAUGAAGAUUGACUCGCCCUUCCUCAACGAGAGGCAGCUAUACGCCAUCAAGAACAGCGGGCUGCUGACAGUGCAGGUCAGCACGCGCUACGACUUCAGCAAGGGCCCGGGAGCGCUGGAAAAGGCGGUGUCGGACCUCUGCUACGAGGCCUCCAACGCCAUUCGCAACGGCGCGGAGCUGAUCGUUUUGUCCGACGUGCCACGGAACUCGGACUUCAUGGGGCCCUCCGAUGUGAAGGACUUGGGGGUGGAGGAGUCGGUGCUAGCCAUCCCUCCGCUGCUGGCCGUGGGGGCGGUUCACCAUUAUCUCAUCCAGCAGGGCCUGCGCACCCAGGCUUCGCUGGUGGUGAGCACGGGCCAGUGUUGGAGCACCCACCACUUCGCCGCUUUGAUCGGCUACGGCGCCUCUGCGGUGUGCCCCUACCUGGUGCUGGCGCACAUCCGGAAGUGGCACGCCACCGACAAGGGCAAGGCCAAGGCUGAUGGACAAACUGUGGAGGAGGUGCAGGAGAACUACAAGCGGGCCAUCAACGCGGGCCUCAAGAAGAUCAUGUCCAAGAUGGGCAUCUCGGUCCUGGAGUCCUACCGUGGGGCUCAGAUCUUCCAGUGCAUCGGCCUCGACCAGAAGGUCAUUGACCGGGCCUUCACAGGCACGCCCUGCAGCGCUGGGGGCUUGAGCUUCACGGACAUCGCCAACGAGUCCAUGAUGUUCCAUCGCCGCGCCUUCCCCCAACUCGACGAGGCGCCGGCUGCGGAGAAGUUGGAGUUCGCGGGCUGGUACAAGUAUAUCAAGGCCAAGGGGGAGUUCCACAUGAACAACCCUGACAUGGCCCGGGCCUUGCACAAGGCGGUGCAAAACAAAGAGCCCUUGGCCUACGAGGAGUACCGGCGCCAGAUCAUGGACGGCCGCCCCAUCACGGCCAUCCGUGAUCUUUUGGACUUCUCCUCGGAUCGCCAGCCGGUGCCGCUGCAAGAGGUGGAGGACGCCGUGUCCAUUUGCAGCCGCUUCGUGACGGGCGGCAUGUCGUUGGGCGCCUUGUCGCGAGAGGCCCACGAAGUCAUCGCCCUGGGCAUGAACCGCGUGGGGGGGAUGAGCAACAGCGGGGAGGGCGGUGAGGACCCUUUGCGCUACGCGCCGAUCCAGGACGUGGACGAGGAUGGCAACUCGCAAUCCUUUCCCCACCUCAAGGGUCUGAGGAACGGGGAUUCGGCCACCUCGGCGACGAAGCAGGUGGCGUCGGGUCGCUUUGGCGUGACUGCAGCGUACCUGCGAAGCGCUAAGCAGCUCGAGAUCAAGAUUGCCCAGGGUGCCAAGCCGGGGGAGGGAGGCCAACUUCCAGGGCCCAAGGUGGACGAGUACAUCGCCCGACUGCGAAACAGCGUGCCUGGAGUGGAGCUCAUCUCGCCCCCGCCGCACCACGACAUUUAUUCCAUCGAGGACCUGGCACAGCUCAUUUUCGAUCUGCACCAGGUGAGCCCCGAGGCGAAGGUCUCGGUGAAGCUGGUGGCCUCUGCGGGCAUCGGCACCAUCGCCGCAGGGGUGGCCAAGGCAAACGCUGAUGUCAUCCAGAUCUCCGGGCACGAUGGCGGAACCGGCGCGUCUCCCUUGAGCAGCAUCAUGCACGCGGGCGGGCCCUGGGAGCAGGGCCUCUCAGAGGUGCAGGCGGUCUUAUCGCAGAACGGUCUGCGGAACCGUGUGACGUUGCGCGUGGACGGGGGCAUCAAGACGGGCUGGGACGUGGUGGUGGCGGCGAUGAUGGGCGCGGAAGAGUUCGGUUUCGGAAGUGUGGCCAUGAUUGCCGAGGGGUGCAUCAUGGCUCGGGUGUGCCACAUGAACCGCUGUCCCGUGGGCGUGGCGACACAGCGCGAAGAUCUGAGGAAGAAGUUUCCCGGAACGCCCGAGCACGUGGCGAACUUCAUGCUCUUUGUGGCCGAGGAGGUUCGGACCAUCAUCGCCGCACUGGGCUACACGUCCUUAGACGAGGUGAUCGGCCGGGGGGACUUGCUCUCCCCGCGCGCCGAGGGCUCCAUGCGGACCAACGUGCCGCAGCCCGCCGUGGCAUCCCAACCGCCAAAGCAAAGGAAGCCAAAGAAACUGUCCAAGACAGCCAAAGUUGACUUGACAAGCUUCUAUGCGGAGGAGAGGCCAGACGAGGAGACGCGUCUUGCCUGGGUAGGUGCGAAACGGGACACCCCGGCGCACAGCAACGGCCCAGUGUUGGACGAGGAGAUCCUGGCGGAGGAGGAGGUGGCGAAGGUCAUCGAGGAGAACGGCGGCCGUGCACAGCUGGCCAUGGACAUCCGGAACACCCAUCGCUCAGUGGGCGGCCGCAUCGCCGGCGUCAUCGCCGCCAGGCAUGGGGACUAUGGCUUCCAGGGCGAAGUUCAUCUGAACUUCGCCGGCUCCGCCGGGCAGUCCUUCGGAGUGUGGAACACCGGGGGGGUCUUUCUCAAGGUGACCGGGGACUGCAAUGACUACGUUGGCAAAGGCAUGAACGGUGGCUGCAUCGUGGCCGUGAAGCCCGAGGAGAGUUCCUUUGCAGCUCAGGAGAACGUCAUCGCGGGAAACACCUGCCUCUACGGCGCCACUGGCGGCGAGGUCUUCCUCAGCGGCCGCGUGGGCGAGCGCUUCGGCGUGCGGAACGCGGGCUGCCGGGCCGUGGUGGAGGGCGCCGGGGACCACCUCGCGGAGUACAUGACCAACGGUGUCAUCGUCGCGCUGGGGCGGAUCGGGCGCAACGUGGGGGCCGGGAUGAGUGGGGGACUGCUGUACAUCUAUGAGCCGGAGGACAAGGGCAUCCAGCUCAAUGCAGACAAUGAGGCGAACGCCUUCCGUGUGACCUCAGAGCUCGGAAGGGCGCAGCUGAAGGAGUUGGUCGAGAAGCACUUGGAGUUUACCGGCAGCAGUCGCGCCAGUGAGAUCCUGGAGGACCAAUCAUUCCUGAGAUUCGAUUCGGGCUUUUUGAAGCGGAGUCAGAAGGAGUGUGGGAGGCCCGACGAGCCCGGCUAUGGCACAUGGGCGUCUCAAAAUUGGGGGGCGGCGUCAGGGGGCACAGGCUCCCUUCGUUCAGAUACCGCCGAAAUCGAGAGCAUCGAGAAUCGAGCCAUGGGCCGCAGCAGGUCGCCGAAGCGACUGAGUGUGGAGGAGGAUGUGAGAGCCGCCCACAAGGUCCGGGAGGAUUACCAGCCCCCAGGGCAAUCCAAAUUCCGCGUGAGCGCGGUGUUGCGCUUCACGCGCCCAGAUGGCUCCACAGAUACCAUUGAGGCGGUCAAUGCAGAGCCCCACGAUGCCAACAUCCGUGGCGCCAUUUGCGCGGAGCGGGCGGCCCUCUGUGCCUUUCAGAAGGCAGAGGCUGGCGCAGGCUCGAAAAUCACGCGAGUGGUGUGCGCCACUGACAGCAAGGAUCCUAUUUUCCCGGGCCCCCUAUGCCGGGAAUUCCUCACGGCCGUUUGCGACCCCUCCGUCGAGAUUGUCGCUACGGGCGCCGGUGGCUCGGGUACUCCCGCGCCGGUGGCGGUGGCGGCGUUGGGGGAGCUGCUGCCGCUCCCCUCGCUGUAUAGGAAAUGCGGCCAGGAGGCGGCGGGGACGCAGGCGCAGCGGCUGAGCUUGAAGGCUGAGGUGCCUCAGGAGGAAGAGAUGAAGAAGGCCUACCAGGAGGCCCUGCAACUGGCGCAAAAGCAGGAGGCCCAGACCGUGGUAUACCCUUUGGUCUUCGCGGCGGCGGUAUGCUUCGAGGAUGGCACGGUGGCCACUGCCUCCGAGCUGAAGGGCAUUGAGUACGGCUGUACGGUGGACGCGGUGUCCCUGCUGAUGCCGGAGCUCAUCCGGGCGAGGGCCAAACAGCUCGCUGCCAAGGUGGUGGUCCAGGUGGACAACCACGGCCUUGCGCAUGCCCCAUUCGCCGGGGCGCGGAGCCUGCUCGUCGAGCACGGCUUCGGGCACGUGCUGAUGGCAGCCCACGGGGACGAAGGGCAAUGGCUGAAGCCCAUUAGCGCCAAGGAGUCCCUGCCAAAGAUGCAGAUACUGUACUUUUAA